GCGGAGAUGCCCAAAUAUGCCAAGUUUUUCAAAGACUUGCUGACAAACAAAAGGCAGCUGCAGGAGCUCUCAGUCGUGGACUUGAACGCAGAAUGCUCGGCCGUGGUUCUGAGGUCAAUACCCGAAAAGCUAAAGGAUCCAGAUGUCUGGAGGAAGACGUGACGACCCCAUUUUCGAGGAGCCACCACUAGGACGGGAAGACCCGCCGCCACAGCCUGAUAUCCCCUUUGCUACUAUUGCUGAUCGCAGACGCUUCCAGGCAUGGGGGCAAUACCGCACACUCCUUCCUCCCAUGAUCCUGGACCCGACGAUGCUAGAGGAAUGGGGGUACUGGGAUGACAUUGAUGCCCUGCUAGGAGACUCUUUAUGGCGGAGGAUUCUAUUCGUUCAGGAGAGGGCCAGCCUUCCAUUGACGAUGGAGUUUCUGUGCUCCGUUCAGUUCACUCAUUACGGACAGGCUGUGCAGGAGGGUGCUGUUAUUGGGUCAGAGUCUCGGAUGAGGUUUACUAUUCUAGGCAUGGAGCACUCCAUCACUGUGGCUGAGCUCGGAUGGAGGAUGGGGCUCUAUACCCCAGCAUACACACAGACUGAGGAGUUCCGUGCUCUUCCGACCCGCUUACCCGAGGCAUUUGACAUUGAUGAGUUCUGGCACAGACACUCCACAGACACCAGAUCAUUUCUCCGGAUGCACCCCCAUUCGAACAAAUGGAGGGAGAGUCACUGGUACAUACUCUCGUUCGUACUUUCUUGUGGUUUUUUUGGACGACCUAUCAACACAAACAGGUUGUCCAAAAAGGACAUACUAUUCUUUUGGAGUUUGAUUCACCGCAUCCCGGUGAAUAUGGCUGUCCUUAUGGCUCGUUUCUUCCGGAGCCAGGGGAAGACUGUGCGGCGCACUAUCCAGGCAGGGCCUUUCAUCACUACUCUCGUUAGAUCAUUCUACCCAGAUCUAGACAUUCCAGGACUAGUGCACUUACAGGAUAGCAUCCGCGUUCUUCGAUCCUCAUCCUUUACCAACAUGAGGAUCAAGAAGAAGCGGAACACUCAGGAGCUCCCAGGUAUUGAGCAGCCAACCCAGCAGAGUAGUUCUUCUCGACCCUCAGGACAUGAGGGAUCUAGCGAGCCCUUUUCAUACAUGCCUAGCGCCGCAGAUUGGAGAGCGAUGAUGGAUGGGAUGAGGAGUCUACAGACCUCAGUCUCAGAGAUGCGGGUUGCACAGGACAGAGGAUUCCAGGAGAUGCGAGAUGCGCAUGAGACGGCCCUGGGAGAGUUCAGAGACUUUCGAUUAGCUUAGGAGAGAGCCACCCGGGAUAUGCAGGCGGAGCUAGAGACCCAGAGGCUAGAUAUUGAUGAGAUGAGAGAUUGGCUUAGGCCACACUAUGGCCCCCAGGAUGGCGCAGGCGAUGUUUAGAUUUGCUUCUUCCUUAACAUUUUUAUCAUGUUUGUUUGUUCUUCAGGUUGGACAUUGCGCUGCUCUUUUGACUUGAAUGCUCUUACAAACUGACUAUGGAUGAUGUAAGGAUUUUAAAAAACCAUUUUACUCCUGUUUCAUUAUUCCUCUUCACAAAAUCUUUUCAAAACUCAAGUGUGAGGAAAGAACCAAAAAAAAAAUGUGCCUUUAUUUCCCAAUUUUGUGCCUCAAAAGAAGACCUCGAGGGCGAGGUCCAGCUCAAGUGUGAGGAGGUUGCGUUUUACACUCAAAAGUCAAAACCUUGUUUUAGAACAAUCUUUUUACUAUUUUUGAUAUGAAACAUUAAUUUCUCAAUUUGUUAUCAAUUCACAAAAUAGUUUAGAAAAUCACCCUUAUUAUCAGAAUUUACUAUUAUUAUUAUUUUUGAAAACUUAAAAUUGUUAUGGGUUUUUGGUUGCGAAUGUAAAGGUCUGAAUUUGUUUUAAUUGGACAUUCAUUUUAUUCAUUAAAAAAAUGUUACUAUUAAUAAACCUCUUCAAAACUCAUUGUUAUAAGACAAUUCCA